GGGCGCUGCAUCGCACCAUCGAUCAAGCAGCCCUCUGACAACACGCAAGCUGUGCAGCUGCUCCUGUGCUCCUGCAACGACUCUUGUCUGAUCGCAUACGCAUGGACAACCGACCUGUUCUUAUUGAUCUUUGCCAACUAUGUUCCGAUGCUGCUGCUUGGCUACCCGAUAUACAAGUACCCUGAGUUUUCGUCCAGGUUCCGGAUCCGUCCGAUCUUUGACCUGGUCAUGUACCUGGUGAUGGUCGAUCUGAAUUCAGGGUUGCGAAUGUAUAUUCAGGACCCCUACGGCAACAUGUGGUUCCGCAACAUGAUGGUCUUCAUCUAUCUCAUCGUCAUCCCGAUGCUGAUCACCGUGUCAUCCGAGAACACACUGAUAUUGGGAGCCAUCUCAAUCGCCAUCCACGCCGGACUUUUCUAUGUCCAGGGAACCGAGGGCUUGCUCCGUCCGAUCCUGGGAACGCUCUUGGUGUAUAUGAGCGUGUGCAUGCUUGUGGGAACGGGGAUUCGCUGGGCAUCAGAGCAAGUCAAGCGCCGCGAGUUCCUCGUCAAUAUUGGCCUGAUCCGCUCCAACAACAAGCUGCGCAACAAGCUGACGGACCUGCAGCAGACCUUUGCACAUCGGGUCGCCGAUUUCGACUCGCCGCUCGAGAAGGUGAUGCUGACGCUCAAGUCGCUCAUGGCCAACCCAAACAUGGACGGCGAUGUGCACCAGCAGAUCGAAGUGAUCAUGAAGUGGCUCUCGGCAUCCGAAUCCAUUUUUAUGCCCGAUUUCGAGGGCGCACUCGCACCCAGCAUCAAGCUUGAGGAUGAGCAAGAGGCGUGGCUGCAGGAAGUCCUUCCGGUGCAGCGACGGUCCGAGAUGCUCCUAAAGAAGCGACAGUCGGAAGACAUCCUCCGGGUAACAUCAAUAAGGCGGCAAUAUGAAGAGCACGGACAAACCGAGCACCCCGAAAGCUCGAUUUCUAACGAGCCUGAUGCCGAGAGCCCGUCGCUGACGACACCCAAGCGCUCCAACAACCCCAACGACGAGUUUCUGGCCAGCUCGAUGGACACGCUCGACUACGAGGGCGUCAUUGCCGAUCGAGACAAGGUGGUCGAGCUCCUGGGCCAGAUUUCGACCUGGAACUGGCCCAUCUUUGAGUUUGAGGCCCUGACCCACAGCCGCCCUCUCUAUGCGCUGUCGAUGCACCUGCUGUUCGUCUCUGGCCUGACAGACCGCCUCAUGAUCCCAAAGAGCGCGAUCUCCAAAUUCUUGUUCACGAUCGAGUGCAAGUACCGGAAUGUGACGUACCACAACUCGACGCACGCUGCGGACGUGCUGCACGCGGUCAAUUUCUUCCUCAACCUGCCGUACGUGAAGAACAAGUUGACGGAUAUUGAGCUGCUUGGAAGCUUCCUGGCGGCAAUCAUUCACGACGUCGACCAUCCUGGCGUCAACAGCAACUUUUUGAUAGCCACCAACAGCCAUCUGGCAAUGCUGUACAAUGACCGGUCAGUCCUGGAGAACCACCAUGUGUCCAUGGGUCUCUCGGUCCUGAAACUGCCGGGCUGCGACAUUUUCGAGGGCUUCAGCGAUAUCGAGUACCGGCUGAUACGCGAGCAGAUCAUCGACAUGGUGCUGGCCACGGAUCUGGCGGGGCACUUUGCGAUGGUCUCGGCAUUCAAAAACAAGGUCUGUGCGGCCGAAAACUUCUCGCUGGACAACAAGGACGACAAGAGCCUGUUUCUGCGGAUGACGAUCAAGUGCAGCGAUGUCUGCAAUCUCACAAAGACGUGGGGACUCUAUGCCACAUGGACGUCGCGGCUGAUGGUCGAGUUUUACAAGCAGGGCGACGAGGAGCGCCGACUGAACCUGCCGGUGAGCCCGUUCAUGGACCGCGAAGGCGGCAAUAUGUGGGUCGGGCAGCUCAGCUUCCUGGACUUUUUGUGCAUGCCAAUGUACGAGACCUUUGGGUCGCUUCUGCAGAUCCCUGAGGUUAUUCAGCACGCCAAGGACAACCGUGCGCGAAUGCUGCAGAACAAGGAUCGAGAGCAGGGCCCACGCCAACGGAAAGCGUCGGUGGCCUUCAUGCGCUGAGAACGAAAUAGCCGGCGUUUGUGGGGUCGCAGACGAGGAGCACGCACUCCAGCCGGGCGGCCGCAACCGGAUCGCUUGGCAGACGCCGGGAGAAUGCCUCCGCAUUCUGGUCGACGC